AAAUCGUUGCAAACCAUCAACAAAACAAAAUGUUCAAGCUGUGCGUCUUCGUUGCUCUCCUUAGCCUGGCUGCCGCUGCCCCAGCUCCCGCUCCCGCUCCUGCUCCUGCUCCUGCUCCUGCUCCUGGACUUAUUGCCCCUGGCCUGGUUGCACCUGGAAUCUGGGGACCCACCGUCGUCGGAUCGCCUCUGGUUGCUCCCCAAGUUGUGAGCGUGCUGCCAGGUGCCAUUUCCCAUGCAGCCAUCACCCAGGUGCAUCCUUCUCCUCUGCUGAUCAAGAGCGUCCAUGGCCUGGGACCCGUUGUGAUCGGUUAAUCCAUUUGCCCAUUGGAGAUCCAGCCCCCACAUAUCUCACCCACACGCCAGCCAAUCAGCUCCUGUUCUACCACACAUUUCCUGCGGAUAACUUCAGUCACCAGUCCUGUGCCCUGUGUAUAAUGCCAGCAAGUUCAGCAAUGAGAAGAAAAAAAUCACAAAAAAAUGUUUAGACACUAAAAUACAUUUCAAGCAAUAAAUACCUACCAUACUUGUUAUAGCGAGCGAAA